AUGACAGGUGAUGAUGGCCGCGACGACGACGGCAGCGUCCGCAAUGCCCAAGAAGAAGAUAGCUUCGAGGGAAGCGCUACAGCUCAAGGUAGUAACAAGGAGAAUGACGCGAGUCAGGUCAAGAGCAUUGCCUCGAGUGGCACUCGCAGAAUCGUCAAGCCAGAUCCAGACGAUGACGACGACGACAUAGUGUUCCAAGUGAUCGCUACGCCCCCUGCUCGCCCUGAGACGUCACGCGCCAGCGAGAAUCAGCCUCCUUCUGCCGUCAACGCUGCUAGCUCCAGCAGAGUCGUCGUGGGAAGACUCAAUGGCAAUGGUCCAUCGUCUUCUUCAUCUGACUCGCGCUCCUCUAAUCCUCCUUCCAGUGGUAUGAUGCCACCAGCGAGCGUCACGUCGUCCGGCGAUUUUCUCGAGGACAAAUCGACCGAUGACCUCAACGCCAUGCUCAUGGCCAACCUUCAGCGCAAGGACAAGGUCAACGAGCAGCUCAUAGAGCUCAUGGAGGGCAAUGCUCCGCCUGGUACAGAUCCAGAGUGGCUCAAGUCUUCGAGACAAUUUCUCACUGCUCGCAUCGAGCAUAUAAAGAAGAUUCUCGCUGAGCGCGGGUCGGCCAGCUUUCCAGGAUCAUCUCAGCCGCCUCAGCCCGCACAGCCUCCUCGCGAGCUCUCCCCGCCACAAAUCUCGGCGGCAGCUCCCAUCCAUCGCAGCCAGCAGCAACGCAGCACAUCGUCGAUGAAUCGCCAUCAUACCUUCGACCGACCGACGGAGCAACGGCCUUCGCCUUCUCCUCCCACACCGCCACCACCUGCAUCUGCUCGUCGUACAGGCUCUUCAGCAAAGCGCUUCGUUCCUAGCCUGCCGAGUGCGGGACCUGUUCGCAGCCCGCAGCCUCGUGCGCCUGUCGAGCGAAUCAGAGCUGCAGACUAUUCCCACCACGAGAAGGGAUUGGGGCCCGACGAACAGGGUGACGAUGCAGACUUUACCAAUCUCGACUCUGCCUUCUUCGACGAUGAUGAGGAAGCACUCAUGGCGGAAAUACAAGGAGAAGAGGAAGCCUUGAAUCGAGCCUCGACGUCUCGCGUCCAAUUCGACUCUAGACGGCCACAGCCUGGCAGCUCUGGCUCCGGAGCAGGACCGGCAGCAGCGGCCGGGGCGGCGAGGAGUCCAGUCAGCCACCGUACCACACUGAAGCGCCAUCACGAGGGCAACGCUGAGGUGGCAAAGAAGCGCGUGAGCAUGCGCGAGCAGAUGAACUACGUCUGGUCACGCGAUGUCGCCAAAGCGCUGCGUCGCACCUUCAAGCUGCAUGAAUUCCGCAACAACCAGCUCGAAGCAAUCAAUGCUACUCUCAACGGUGAAGACGUAUUCUGCCUCAUGCCCACGGGCGGGGGCAAGUCACUCUGCUACCAGCUACCCGCACUCAUCGACUCUGGUCGCACACAAGGAGUCACCAUCGUUAUAUCCCCACUCCUCUCCCUCAUCCACGACCAAGUCCGGCACCUUCUCGACAAGACGAUUCCCGCCCUCAUGCUUACGGGGGACAUGGCCGUCUCAAAGCGCGAGUUCGCGUUGCAGGAGCUCUUCUCGAAGCAGGUGACCACACGUCUCCUCUACCUCACGCCCGAGUUCGUGGGUAGAUCAAGACAAGCAACGGACAUCUUCACUAGUCUCCACCGCAAGAAGCUCCUGGCUCGCUUCGUCAUCGAUGAGGCGCACUGUGUCUCUCAGUGGGGCCAUGACUUUCGCCCAGAUUACCAGACGUUGGGCAAGCUUAGGCAGGACUACCCAGGGAUCCCCGUGAUGGCUAUGACAGCAACAGCGAAUGAUCGCGUCAAGACAGACGUCGUGUCUAGUCUGGGGAUCAAGGGCUGUAGGGUGCUCGAGCAAUCCUUCAAUCGUGCAAAUUUGCGGUACGAGGUGCGCGACAAGAAUGCCAAGACGGUCAUUGCCGACAUAGCCAAGUUCAUCCAAACUUCUCAUCGCAACCAAUGCGGCAUCGUGUACUGCCUUUCUCGCCGUGCUUGCGAGGAAGUAGCAGAGCGGCUCAAGCGUGACCACAAUCUGCAAGCGCAGCACUACCACGCCGCCUUGAGCAAGCAGGAUCGCCUCGCCAUCCAGGAGUCGUGGCAGGCAGGGGAAUUCCGCAUCAUCGUCGCCACCAUCGCGUUCGGCAUGGGCAUCGACAAGGGAGACGUGCGCUUCGUUGUUCACCAUACCCUACCGCAGUCCCUCGAGGGAUACUAUCAGGAGACGGGAAGAGCAGGAAGAGACGGGAAGAGCUCGACAUGUGUUCUCUUCUUCAAUCAUCGGGAUACGAACUCGAUCAAGCAGAUGAUUGACAAGGAUGAGAAGACGAAGGAGCAGAAGGAGCAACAACACUCCAAUCUGCGCCGAGUCGUAGCCUACUGCAUGAACAAAUCAGACUGUCGUCGAUCUCAAGUCCUCCAGUACUUUGGCGAAGUCUUCCCCUCCGAGUCCUGCCACCACACGUGCGACAACUGUUGCAAUGCGGCCAAGAACCACCAGGCCGCCAUGCUGCAAGACUUGACUGAUCAGGCUCGUCAAGCAGCGGAGAUGGUUCGAGAUCUCAAUCAGCGGAGCAGGUCGGGAGCGAAGAGUGGGUGGACGAUGUUGCACUUCGUUGAUGUGUUUCGGGGCAGUCAGAGUAGGGCAGUCAGAGACAGUGGGCAUCACAGCCAUAAGUGGGCUGGUGCCGGGAGCACGAUGAAUAGAGGAGACGUGGAACGGCUUUUCCAGCAUCUGACGGUGCGCGAAGUCUUCAACGAGCGAUCAGAGGUCAACGCAAUGGGCUUUGCCAACGCCUAUCUCGAGUUGGGGCCAGGUGCGGAGGCACUGUUCAAAGGGGAGACCAAGGUGGAGCUGAGCGUCCAGAGACCUACGGCCCCGGUGACUGCAACGCUGCAAGCUGCUAAUCGCAAGGCCGCCGCCAACUCGAGGGGGACGGCGCCCAUGGCUAGGGGACGGGUCGGGGACGAUUUUGAUUUCGAAGACGAAGAGGAGGAGCAACCCUACGAUGCAUGGGAUAUCACCAACGUGGACCUAUCGCCUAGUCCGGGUCCGCCUGCUGGCGGCGGUGGUGGGAAUGACCGUCUUUUCCCGCCGCGAGGCAUGCUCGAGCGCUCUGCAAGCUUCGAGGCUCUCCAUCCCCGUGGGUUGACCAGGCCUAGUAGAACGAAUGCAGCUUCAGGACUGGCAUGGGCCAAUGCCGGUGGAGCGAGGAGCAACAAUAUCAGAGACCUCAAUCGGACCACGACGAGCAAUGCGGUCGGGCGCGCCAUGGCCAUCGAGAUUGCCGACGAAGAGGAAGAUGAUGUGGUUUUCGACGAUGACUUCGAACCCGACUGUCAGCCGCCGCAGCAGAGGGGUCGGCUGAACAUUGCGUCGACGACCUCUCGUAAUGGCGUUCGCAAUGGUGGCAACGAUGUCGACCUCAGUCGCUUUGCCAAUCAUGACGUGGAUACCAACGGCACUACCAGAGCGGCGAAAAGAGGACGAGCGUCCGACCCUUCACCCUCGAAUGGUCGUCAUGCCACUGGUGGGGGUGGAGCGAGCAUUGCGCAUAUGCCGCUACCAGGGAGAGGGAGAGCGGGAGGACCGGCCAAGAGGUCGGCUGCAUUCUGA